UUAAUGCCUAAUCAUAACGUCAGCGCUGUUACCUACGGAGCAUCGUCUCGGCGUGUGGCGGCCGCAGCUGUCCGCGCACCUAAGCAUGCGUACGGCGGACCGGAACCUUUUGGCACCGGCGGUGGCAUUUCGCAGUGGGAGCGCGAAGCAACCGCCUUGCUCCGAAACCACCUGCGAGUGGAACGCGAAAAAGAAUGGAAGCGUGUACGGCACCAGCUGAUCCGUCGCGGUACGACACCCUUGGACGAGCAACAUCUCGGCCCGGAGCGUGCUGCAGAGAUUGAGCAGACUCGAUUGAGGGUUCGCUUCGCCAAGUUCUGGGGCCUUAUGCAUGAAAAGGACCGAUCCUGGCAGUACGACGUUGUCGUACACCUUUGUACGGCACUCUCGCCGUACAGCUGCAAGCGGUACAGCUCCGUGACCGCCGCCACCAUGCAAGGCAUCCUGGCGAAGCGAGAAAAGGCCGAGCGGGCGGUUCACGAGCAGCGGGCGGCAGCCGGGCAGCUGAGGCGCCGCAUGACAGCCGCGGCAAGACAGAUGCAGUACAGCGGGCGGCCGCUGCCGGCGGAG